AUGACUCAGUUUUGGUUUAUAUUUUGUCGUGAAGGUUUGCGAAAGCAAACCGAAAAGCUCAGAUUGAAGGUGAAUCAUCCCAGAGGGAGGUUUGAGAUGAAAAGCAGUGUUUGCGUCAAAGAUCGAUGGUUACAAAGCGUUGAGGAUUCACGUGGCGAGAGGAGUGGCUACGUUCCACGAGAGGAGAACGCCACCAGUAGUGUACAUGAUAAUGUGUGUUUCUAA